AUGAACAGUACUGUGAAUCAGGGCUCUCUUCCGGCGGUCUUUUCAUAUUUAAAUCAAUCUGCCUAUUCCUUAGUCCCAGAUGGUUCAGUAUUCAGUCCAGUGAUUAAUUACCCCUAUAGAAUUGCAUUAUCUGUAAUAAAUGCUACAAAACUUCAAUACGAACAGGCACUUGCUUCUGAAGAAUUGAUUCCUAGUUUGCAAUCUCUGCUAGAUACUAUCGGUUACUUUUUUAGCAGUUAUGCAGUGGCUAGUUUUGUGACAGCUGUGAUUUUAGAUAGGUUUGUCAUUAUGGCUUCCUUAAGGUCGAAUACCACAAGGGUUUCCCUACCGAUUUGGUCAAGGUUUGUUUUACACCUUUCAGCUAUAAUCCCCCUACUGUACAAUGUUCUUCAAACCCUGAGCCAAGUCAAACUGAUAAGUGUGUUCCCUAUAAUGAACUUCCCUCUAUAUUUGGCACGGACCUUCACGAUAUUUGCAUGGUCGCACUGUGUAGAGACACUGGUUACUACCACAACAAAUUCAAAGCCCUUGGAAGAAUCUGAUUAUACAAUCUUUGAACUAUCUGUUCAGUUUUACUAUCUAUCUCAGAGGAGUUACUACGUGACAAUGGCACCCGAGUACUUAUCAGAUUGCCUAAUGGCAUUACUGGGCAGAGUCUGGAUUCACAUUGUCGAGAUGCUCAACAUAAGAAAGUAUAGAUUGGCUGGUAGUACUCUGCUGAACUUUUUUAAUAUUGCAUUCCUGAUUUACCAAAUGAAAACGUAUGGGUUUGAGAGUAUACCUGUCUCAACGAGAUACAGACAUUUCCCAAAGAUCUUUUCGAUAUUUCUGAUAGUGGUUUCGGUAAUGAGCUACGCCUUGGCCUGCCUUGUUAGGAAAAAUCCAUUUGGAUCACAACAGUCUGACACUAAGGAUUUACAAUUUUACUCUUUCAUGCACAAUUGGUGGAACCAUUUGAAUUGUACCGGUGAGGAAGAAUUUUCCCAUGUCGUGAAUAAGUUGGCAUUGUUGCUGUGCAACGGCAAAGAAUCGCAAAAUAAGGGCAUCCAUAGAGAGUUCUCCCCCUUAAAUCAUCCGGCAAGUCUUCACCACUCAUACAUGUUAAGUGGGUAUCUGAAUAAAGUCCACACGAUACCAGAGGACAUAAACAGCGAGGGUUCAGUUACUGAGAAACCAGGUCAAAGACUUGGCACACCUGCCCUAAUCUCCAAGUUCAAGAUAACGUGGAGCCUUUUAGUUGCUGGUUUUACCUUCUUUGUAAAGCGCAAAUGGCAAAUCAAAGGUCCAAAGGAUCAAGAAUCACAAGCUUCUCGCAAGGCCAGGAAAGCCAGAGAUUUUAAUAGGUUUGUCACAGAAAAGAAUUACGCCAAAUUUCUCACAAAAGCAGAAACCGACAAUAAGGACGAUAGAGAACCAUCUUUACUCCCAGAGGAGGAUUACUCUGCUGACUACCAACCAGAGUUGGAUGAAAUUGAAAGCGACAGCGAUAUUACGAGCCGCGACGACAAGGAGGAAGUAGAGGACGAACUAUUGGGUAUAACAGCGCCUAAUGACAUGAACUGGUUCAUGUCGAUGUGGCCAAUACUGAAACUGCACGUUCUGAAGGACAGCAGGCUGACCAGGUCUCAAUACGCAACGUCGAACGCACAAGAAAUACUAGCAGAUGUCAUAGUACAAAGAACGGCUAGUGGGACAGCUACAGAUCACAUACUCGAGGACAGCGACGAAGACGAGACCCGUUCUAAUUGUGUGGUUUGCAAGAUAAACCCUAGAAACGUCGUUCUAUGGCCAUGUACCUGUUUCGCUCUAUGCGAGGAUUGUAGAGUCUCACUUGGUCUCCGUGGAUUCAAUUCUUGCGUCUGUUGCAGAACCGAGACCCACGGAUACAGCAGGCUUAACAACGUUUAA